AUGAAUAUAUAUAAGAAUUUAAUUUGCAAAAUUGCUUUUCUAUUCCUUUUAAUAUCUAUAAAUCCAAAUACAGUUGAAUCACAUUUCUUUAUUGAUAAAGUAACACAAUCACCACCAUUCAUAAAUUUAAUACAGAAAACAUGUACUAUAGAUGUCAACUUUGGUAUUACUUCACAUGACCAACUCGUUUUUGGGAAUCCAACCGUUAAUGGUCCAAAUAUAGGGGUUCAAGGUAACGGUCAACAGGUAGACCUUUCCACGUACUCUCAUCGAUAUAAUCUUAAUGUGGUUAUUACCGCUUCCAACUCGCCUAUAACUGCAACCUUCUCUUUUACCAACACUGUAAACAAUGAUCAAAACUCAACUGACGUUCAAUUUAUUUGUAAUCUUAUCACACCAAAACUACCAACUGUUCAAUAUUUCGAUUAUAUAUCGAUGAACAAAUUAAGUUUGAUACUUUUAGGUGAUCCCAAUGCUGGUUACACACUCGAUUAUGCAAAUACAUUGACAAAAUGCUACAAUUUUCAACCCGACUCUUUAGGUUCAUUCGGUAGAUCCUCUGCCUACUAUGGAUUUACAGUCACUCUUAAAGGAACUCAGAGCUGUACUUACUCCAGCAGUGUCAAUCUUCCAGUGUAUUCAUCAUUCAAAGUACUUGGAAAUCUAACACUACCAGCAUUAACAACCUUGAAUUCACCACAAACAUUCAUUUCGAUUAGAGGUAUCGCCCCGAAUAACUCUAUUGUUGCACAACAAAAUGCUGCUAUGCUCUCAUAUGGUUACUAUUUCGAUAUAAACCAACUUUCAUCGAAUUUCUUUUCACCCCAGUAUGGAUCACCCUAUCCAGUACUCGGAAAUAACGAGAGGAGUACCUAUUAUUUGCCAUAUGUACUUCGCUCAUCCAUUCUAACCCAAGCGGACUUGUAUAUCAUGAAUGGAGGACUUGCUAGCUCAAACACAAUGCCAAAGAUUUUUAAUUAUACAUUGUAUCCUAUGGUGAUUCCAGUUAAUAGUUUUUUGGCUCAAACCAAUAAUGGUAACUGCGUGAUAUCGACUACCAAUAUUCCAGUAUCAAAUAUUUAUAAUGACAGAAUCAAAGGAGGAUCAUUCGUGGCUACCAUGCCUUUCCCAAUGGGUAUAAGUGGUACAGUAAGAUCGCUUUCAAUUACCAUAUUAAUGGUAGAUUCUACUUACACGACAACAAGAAAUGCCAUUUUGCAAUUUGAUUCCAGCUCUUUGAUAACUGCUUAUACCAUAACCGGCAAGAGUUAUUCUGGUGUUACAAGUAUUUGGAAAUUGGAUAUUGUUCCGGUUUCAUAUGACUCUGUUCUUCUUACAAUGAAUAUAACUGAUGACAGCGGCGUUUUGGCGGUCGAUAUAAUCAAUCCACCCUCCAGAAUAACACAGGCAGAUCUUGUCUAUGGAACAUACCUCAACGGUGUCUAUCAAAAGAGAAUUUCCAUCAGCAACUUAAAAGACAACACUCUCAAUUUCGGAGUUACAAACUAUGCAAACAAGUAUCUCCAAUGGAAAACUGGUGAUAUGACUGCAUCGCUAGAUGUAAUUCCUUCCAUUCCUACACCCAUUGCAUGGACAAUCGAAGAUAUAGUUUCAUUUAGUUUCAAGAAUAAUAUCCUUGAUGUCAGUAAUUUAAUAUCAAACAACUCGUUAUUCUUCAGUGUAAAAACUCCAAUCAAAGAUUACUCACCACAAUUGAAUAUCAUCAACUCGGCAAUCAACAAAAGAAUGACCACGUUCACUGGAUUCUGGAAUCCACUUAUCAACCAGUAUCAAAUCGAUUUCCAACUUCAAAGAAAUCUAUUCGAAGGUGUAGUUAACUAUGAACUUGUUUCCUAUCCUCCUAUCUACAGCCAAUUAAUCUUAUCUAAAUUUAGUAAUGCUAUUCUUAAAGUUACUUCUAAAAAUUCCGAUUUAUAUCCUCCAAUGAUAGUAGAUCUCCGUGCUAUUUCACCUUCUUUAUCACCAGGAAAAGAAAUUUUGACAUUUGGAUGGGAUAUCACUAUUCAAGAUUCACCAAAUGGAUUAUCUCAGGCAUUUUUUAAUGUUACUUCGGAUCUAGAUUUUUUGCCAUACCAAUUCAGCUUAACACCUUCUCAAGCUAGCUCCGGUGAUCAAUUCAAUGGUGUCUAUUCAAUUCGAAUUUCAAUCGAUGCCAAAACCUGUGUUCAACAAAACUUUACAUUCAAAGAUCAAGUGCUACUGGUUGACGCAAAUGGAAUCACAUCUCAGUCAUACAACGGCAAUAUACAAUCAGCUUUUGAUCCAUUGGAAAAAAUAUAUUUCACACCACUUGCAAGUCAACUUUUCAUCUCAACUGCUUCAAGUUGCCCGAAUACUCUUGGAAACACUCCACCUUCAAUUCAAAAUAUAAUUGCAUCCACAGAUACACUGGAUGUUGGUAGCGAUAAAUAUUUAGAUGUGAAUUUCACUGUUGAUGGUUCGACCGACGGUGUUUCGAUAAGACAUUUCCCCUUGGCAGUAUUGGAUUGCCCAAGUACCAGAGUUUUCGCUCUUUCUACCUAUGAUAGUACAUCCGCUAAAUAUAAGGCCAGAAUACCUAUUCCCUAUGGUCUAGGUGAAGCAACUCUCGACUGCGUAUUGACUGUGCAUGGAGCCGUUUCUAAAAAGCUUUUCAUUGGUAACGCCAUUGCCAAUAAUCUGUCAAUUAAAAGAUUAAUCAAUCCAACUUUACUUUUGGAAUCAUACGAACCAAUUUCAACAGCUGGUGGACUAUUGACAGUUUAUGGCAAAUCAUUUGGAAAUGACUCUUCCAACGUUACUCCAACCAUUAGAUCGAAUGGUCCUUCAAUGUCUAUUCAAGCUCCAACAUUUUGUACUUUUACAAUGAUGAUUUUGAACCUUCCAGCAUUUGACCAAAACAACUUCUAUGACCUUAAAAUCAGUAGUGGUAGAGCGAGCAGUACUCUAAGAAUUAUUCCAAAUCUUAUCAUUCCAACUCCGACUUCGACACCAACAACUACCCCAACUACAUGUCCACCUCUAUGCACAGAACAUGGUAAAUGUACUGACAAUGGAUGUGUAUGCAACAGUGGAUGGGCUGGACCAACUUGUUCACUCCAACUUAUCGAUGUGACAACCAAUGUCGAUUCAACCAAACCAACAACCACACAGAUAGAUAAAUCCAACACGCUGAAUUCAUUGAUUUCAAUCUCAUCGAUCAGAGAAUUGGAUUCACAAGGAAAUACUGUUUUGGAAUUUGGACUCAAUGAUAAUUGGUCAUUCGAAAACAAAUCAACAACAGACACAACACUUUAUCAAUUCAGCACAACACUCGCAUCAAAUAGAACAACAAGAUUGAACGUUACUCUUCAAUACUUCGAGAAACAAUCCAACUAUUCGUUUGGAAACAAAGAAUAUUCAAUGUCACCAUCAUCAAUGAAAUAUUCAAUUUUGAUUUGA